GUUGAUUAUCAUGGCGGAUCGGACAGCUCCUAGAUGCCAGCUCCGUCUGGAGUGGGUGUAUGGGUAUAGGGGUCACCAGUGCCGCAACAACCUGUACUACACGGCAGGCAAGGAAGUGGUUUACUUCGUGGCUGGAGUCGGAGUGGUUUAUAAUACCAGAGAGCACAGCCAGAAAUUUUUCUUGGGGCACAAUGAUGACAUUAUCAGCCUCGCUUUGCACUCGGAUAAAACCCUGGUUGCCACAGGACAGGUCGGGAAGGACCCUUACAUUUGCAUCUGGGAUUCCUACAAUGUGCAGACUGUUUCUAUUCUGAAAGAUGCACAUACCCAUGGAGUUGCCUGCUUGGCUUUUGAUUCAGAUGGCCAGCGCUUAGCUUCGGUAGGACUGGAUGCCAAAAAUACAGUCUGCAUUUGGGACUGGAAAAAAGGAAAAUUGCUCGCAACAGCUACUGGCCACUCGGAUAGGAUUUUUGAUAUUUCCUGGGAUCCAUAUCAGCUCAACAGAUUAGCUAGCUGUGGUGUGAAACAUAUCAAGUUUUGGACCUUGUGUGGAAAUGCCUUGACAGCCAAAAGAGGAAUAUUUGGGAAGACAGGAGACCUACAAACUAUCCUCUGUUUGUCCUGUGUGAAAGAUGAUGUCACAUACUCUGGUGCUUUAAACGGAGACAUCUAUGUCUGGAAAGGGCUAACCUUAGUCCGCACAAUUCAAGGAGCUCAUAGUGCUGGAAUUUUUAGCAUGUAUGCAUGUGAGGAAGGUUUUGCCACUGGUGGAAGAGAUGGUUGUAUUCGGCUAUGGGACACUGAUUUCAAGCCAAUAACUAAAAUUGAUCUCAGGGAGACCGAACAAGGAUACAAAGGCUUGUCCAUCCGAAGUGUGUGUUGGAAAGCAGAUCGACUUUUAGCAGGGACCCAAGACAGUGAAAUAUUUGAGGUGAUUGUGAGAGAAAGAGAUAAGCCGAUGCUGAUAAUGCAGGGUCACUGUGAAGGAGAACUCUGGGCUCUGGCGGUGCAUCCCAAGAAACCAUUAGUUGUCACGGGCAGCGAUGAUCGAUCCGUGCGCUUAUGGAGCCUUGCUGACCAUGCCUUGAUUGCUCGUUGUAAUAUGGAGGAAGCCGUGCGGAGUGUAUCUUUUAGUCCUGAUGGCUCUCAGCUGGCCCUGGGAAUGAAAGAUGGUUCUUUCAUAGUUCUGAGAGUAAGAGAUAUGACAGAGGUAGUUCAUAUUAAAGAUCGGAAAGAAGUGAUUCAUGAAAUGAAGUUUUCACCAGAUGGCUGCUUCCUUGCUGUGGGUUCCAAUGAUGGUCCAGUAGAUAUCUAUGCAGUUGCUCAGCGAUACAAAAAAACAGGAGAAUGCAGCAAGUCUUCUAGUUUUAUCACACAUAUUGAUUGGUCUUUGGACAGUAAGUUCUUGCAAACGAAUGAUGGCUCGGGAGAACGCUUCUUCUACAGGAUGCCAUCUGGAAAGCAUUUAACAAGCAAAGAUGAGAUCAAAGGGAUUCGUUGGGCUUCCUGGACUUGUGUUAUGGGAUCGGAAGUGAAUGGAAUCUGGCCAAAGUAUAGUAAUGUUACUGACAUCAAUUCUGUGGAUGGAAAUUACAACAAUGCAGUUCUGGUGACGGGAGAUGACUUUGGUUUGGUUAAGUUGUUCCGAUUUCCUUGCCUAAAGAAAGGAGCCAAAUUUAGAAAAUAUGUUGGCCACUCUGCACAUGUCACAAAUGUCCGUUGGUCACAUGACUUUCAGUGGGUAAUAAGUACCGGAGGCGCAGAUCAUUCUGUUUUUCAGUGGCGGUUUAUUCCAGAAGGUAUAACAAAUGGAAUCCUUGAAACAACACCCCAAGAAAGUGGCAUUGAUUCACACAGCGAAGAAUCUGAUUCUGAUUUAUCUGAUGUGCCAGAGUUAGACUCAGAUAUUGAGCAGGAAGCUCAAAUCAACUAUAUCCGACAGGUUUACAAAGAAGAUCUACCUCAGCUGAAACAGCAAAGUAAAGAGAAAAACCAUUCAGUGCCCUUCCUUAAAAGAGAGCGAGCCCCCGAGGACAGUUUAAAGCUGCUGUUUAUACAUGGUUACAGAGGCUAUGACUGUCGAAACAACUUGUUCUACACACAAACUGGGGAGGUGGUUUACCAUAUUGCUGCUGUUGCUGUUGUGUACAACAGACAACAACAUACCCAAAGACUGUAUCUUGGUCACGAUGAUGAUAUCCUCAGCCUAGCCAUCCAUCCAGUGAAAGACUAUGUUGCUACUGGCCAGGUUGGAAGAGAUGCUGCUAUUCAUGUUUGGGAUACACAGACGCUUAAAUGUUUGUCAUUGCUAAAAGGCCAACACCAAAGAGGAGUGUGCACACUUGAUUUCUCAGCUGAUGGGAAAUGUUUGGCAUCGAUUGGGUUAGAUGAUAAUCAUACCAUUGUUCUCUGGGACUGGAAGAAAGGCGAGAAAAUGGCAGCAACCAGGGGUCACAAAGAUAAAAUAUUUGUGGUGAAAUGCAAUCCUCAUCAUGCUGAUAAACUGGUGACUGUUGGAAUGAAGCACAUUAAAUUCUGGCAACAAGCAGGUGGUGGUUUUACCUCCAAACGUGGAAUUUUUGGAAAUAUUGGGAAACAAGAAACUAUGAUGAGUGUUUCCUAUGGACGAAUAGAGGAUCUGGUUUUCUCUGGUUCUGCUACUGGAGACAUUUACAUCUGGAAAGAUAUUUUGCUGCUUAAGACUGUAAAAGCUCAUGAUGGGCCUGUAUUUGCAAUGCAUGCCUUAGAUAAGGGCUUUGUGACAGGUGGGAAGGAUGGUGUGGUGGCACUUUGGGAUGAUACAUUUGAGAGGUGCCUGAAGACAUAUGCCAUCAAAAGAGCAGCGCUGUCACCUGGGUCUAAAGGAUUGCUGCUGGAAGACAAUCCAUCGAUUCGGGCCAUCACUUUAGGACAUGGUCAUAUACUGGUGGGAACAAAAAAUGGAGAGAUUCUUGAAAUUGAUAAAAGUGGCCCCAUGACUCUUCUUGUGCAGGGUCAUAUGGAGGGGGAAGUCUGGGGUUUGGCAGCUCACCCUCUCUUGCCUAUCUGUGCAACAGUGAGUGAUGACAAAACUCUAAGGAUCUGGGAACUUUCCUCCCAACACCGUAUGCUGGCUGUAAGAAAACUCAAGAAAGGUGGAAGAUGCUGUGCCUUCUCCCCUGAUGGGAAAGCCUUGGCUGUGGGGCUGAACGACGGGAGUUUUCUGGUAGUGAAUGCUGAUACCGUUGAAGAUAUGGUCUCUUUCCAUCACAGAAAGGAAAUGAUUUCUGACAUUAAAUUUUCUCGAGAUUCAGGAAAAUAUUUGGCAGUGGCUUCCCAUGAUAAUUUUGUAGAUAUUUAUAAUGUGCUAACCAGCAAAAGAGUUGGCAUCUGCAAAGGGGCAUCCAGCUACAUCACACAUAUUGAAUGGGAUUCAAGAGGGAAGCUAUUGCAAGUCAAUUCUGGUGCCAAAGAACAAUUAUUUUUUGAAGCGCCAAGAGGAAAAAGGCAUAUAAUAAGACCCACUGAGAUUGAGAAGAUUGAAUGGGAUUCCUGGACAUGUGUUCUUGGUACAACCUGUGAAGGAAUUUGGCCAAUGCACAGUGAUGUCACAGUUAUAAAUGCAGCCUCUCUUACCAAAGAUGGUACCCUUUUAGCUACAGGAGAUGACUUUGGCUUUGUGAAGCUGUUUAAAUAUCCAGUGAAGGGCCAGCAUGCCAAAUUCAAGAAGUAUGUGGGUCACAGCGCUCAUGUCACCAACGUCCGGUGGCUACAUAACGAUUCUGUGCUGCUGACCGUGGGUGGAGCCGACACGGCACUGAUGAUCUGGACUCGAGAAUUCGUGGGCACCCAAGAAAGCAAGCUAGUGGACAGUGAGGAGUCAGAUACUGACGCAGAAGAAGAUGGAGGUUACGACAGUGAUGUUGCAAGAGAAAAAGCUAUUGACUAUACCACAAAGAUUUAUGCAGUGAGCAUCCGAGAGAUGGAAGGUACCAAACCACACCAGCAACUGAAGGAGGUCUCAGUGGAAGAAAGGAGCGGGGCACCGAUCAGAGGAGCCGCAGGAACCGUCUCGCGGUGUGGGAGUCCUAAGAGAAGUGCUCCCACACCACGGGGCCUUUUGGUCAGUGUCGGGACUGUCCCGGACAAUCCAGGACAAUUGCCGCCAGUUAGCAGAGCUGCUCCUCAACCUGAGAAACUGCAAAAGAAUAAUGUCAACAAAAAAAGGAAACUGGUUGAGGAGUUGGCUUUAGAUCAUGUUUUUGGGUACCGUGGAUUUGAUUGUCGUAACAACCUUCAUUACCUCAAUGAUGGUGCUGAUAUUAUUUUCCAUACUGCUGCAGCGUGCAUAGUACAAAACCUUUCCACAGGAAGCCAGACUUUCUACCUGGAACAUACAGAUGACAUCCUCUGUCUGACUGUCAAUCAGCACCCAAAGUAUAAGAACAUUGUGGCAACCAGCCAGAUUGGUGAUAUGACAGAACUUCCAGGUACAACUCCUUCUAUCCACAUCUGGGAUGCAAUGACUAAGGAGACGCUGUCUAUGCUGCGCUGCUUUCAUUCCAAAGGGGUGAACUAUGUCAAUUUCAGUGCUACUGGCAAACUCCUGGUGUCUGUAGGAGUGGAUCCUGACCAUACAAUCACAGUGUGGAGGUGGCAGGAAGGAGCUAAAAUUGCAAGCAGAGGAGGACACCUGGAAAGAAUCUUUGUUGUGGAGUUCCGUCCAGACUCAGAUACUCAGUUUGUAUCUGUUGGAGUAAAACACAUGAAAUUUUGGACUUUGGCUGGAAGCGCUUUGCUCUAUAAAAAGGGAAUAAUUGGUUCAUUGGAAGAUGCCAAAAUGCAAACCAUGCUUUCUGUGGCCUUUGGAGCUAACAAUCUUACUUUCACUGGUGCCAUCAAUGGAGACGUGUAUGUCUGGAAGGAUCACUUUCUGAUUAGGCUGGUAGCAAAAGCCCACACAGGCCCUGUCUUUACAAUGUACACAACUCUUCGAGAUGGCCUCAUUGUUACUGGAGGGAAGGAAAGACCAACAAAAGAAGGGGGAGCUGUGAAAUUGUGGGACCAGGAGAUGAAGCGCUGCCGAGCAUUUCAGUUGGAGACUGGGCAGCUUGUGGAGUGUGUGCGCUCAGUGUGCAGAGGGAAGGGCAAAAUUUUGGUGGGUACCAAGGACGGGGAAAUUCUUGAAGUUGGUGAGAAAAAUGGUGCUUCUAACCUGCUGAUUGACAGCCACAUGGAAGGAGAGAUUUGGGGCUUAGCUACCCAUCCCUCCAAAGACAUCUUUAUCUCUGCUAGUAAUGAUGGAACUGCAAGGAUCUGGGACCUUUGCAACAAAAAACUGCUGAAUAAGGUGAAUCUAGGCCACGCCGCCAGAUGUGCUGCCUAUAGCCCUGAUGGCGAGAUGGUUGCUAUUGGCAUGAAGAAUGGUGAAUUCAUCAUUUUGCUUGUGAACAGCCUUAAAGUCUGGGGUAAAAAACGAGACCGGAAGUCUGCUAUCCAGGACAUCAGAAUCAGCCCUGAUAACCGGUUUUUGGCGGUGGGUUCCCAGGAGCAUACCGUCGACUUCUAUGACCUCACCCAAGGCACGACCUUGAACCGAAUAGGCUACUGUAAAGACAUUCCAAGCUUUGUCAUUCAGAUGGAUUUUUCGGCAGACAGCAAAUACAUUCAGGUGUCAACUGGUGCCUACAAACGCCAGGUUCAUGAGGUGCCAUUAGGAAAGCAAGUGACUGACACUGUGCUCAUUGGCAAGAUCACCUGGGCCACCUGGACAAGCAUCCUUGGCGAUGAAGUCAUCGGCAUUUGGCCCCGAAACGCAGAUAAAGCCGAUGUCAACUGUGCUUGUGUGAGUCACGCUGGCCUAAACAUUGCCUCUGGAGAUGAUUUUGGACUAGUCAAACUCUUUGAUUUCCCCUGCACUGAAAAAUUUGCCAAACACAAGCGUUAUUUUGGCCAUUCUGCACAUGUCACCAACAUUCGCUUUUCUCAUGACGACAAGUAUGUGAUCAGCACCGGAGGCGAUGACUGCAGUGUCUUUGUAUGGCAAUGUCUUUGAACGCUAAUUCUUCCCAGUGCCACACGUGCUACCACCGCCAUGUGAGUGCCAAACAGUGGAGAUCAACAAUGCCUCCCAAGAACUCGGCAGCUGGCUGUUAUAAAAUGGUGCCUGGAUUAUGGUUUUAUGAAACCUACAUACAGUUAUGGUGAAAGAGCUACAAGGAACCUCAACUGUGCUGUCACUGGGAAAGAAGCAAACACAAUUGAUCCAGUUCUUAGCCGAAGA